UCAAGUCAUCGCUGCCUUGUGUUCUUGGUUAUACUUCCAUAACUCUAGACAGCCUGGGUUUCAGACUCUCCCUGGAAGUUUGGAACACAAACGUUAUAGCAAGAGAUCUUUCUUUUAACAAUUUGAGAGAGAGAGGGUUUCAGAGACGACUAGUCAUUCAGCAUUGGAAUUAAUCAUUAACAGGUUGGCAAUUACAAACCCUAGAGCUCAUUAGUUUCGGAGAGAUCCACCAGUUCUCUCCUCCUGAUAUUUUGUAAUCUAAACAAUGGAGCAUCAGCAUCGAAGAUCAAAGCUCUUAUUGUUAUUAUGCGUGGCUCUAUCAUACUACGCUAUCAUCUCCAUUGCAGGGAAGAGCUAUUACGAAGUUUUGCAAGUGCCUAAAGGUGCAUCAGACGAGCAGAUCAAAAGAGCGUAUAGAAAGCUAGCUUUGAAGUAUCAUCCUGAUAAGAAUCAGGGAAAUGAAGAGGCUAAUUUGCGUUUUGCCGAGAUUAACAAUGCGUAUGAGGUGUUAUCGGAUAGUGAGAAGAGGAAUAUUUACGAUAGGUAUGGAGAGGAGGGACUUAAGCAGCAUAUGGCUAGUGGAGGCAGAGGUGGUGGAGGAGGAAUGAAUUUUCAAGACAUUUUUAGCCAAUUUUUUGGUGGAGGUUCGAUGGAAGAGGAAGAGAAAAUCGCGAGGGGUGAUGAUGUAAUUGUAGAAUUGGAUGCAACACUGGAAGACCUGUAUAUGGGUGGUUCACUGAAGGUCUGGAGGGAAAAAAAUGUUAUAAAGCCAGCCCCUGGCAAAAGACGCUGUAACUGCAGAAAUGAAGUUUACCACAAGCAAAUUGGUCCAGGGAUGUUUCAGCAGAUGACAGAGCAGGUCUGUGAGCAAUGUCAAAAUGUCAAAUAUGAAAGGGAGGGAUAUUUUCUCACAGUUGAUAUUGAGAAAGGCAUGCAAGAUGGACAAGAGGUGGUUUUCUAUGAAGAUGGUGAGCCUAUAAUUGAUGGAGAACCUGGAGAUUUGAAGUUCCGAAUUCGUACUGCACCCCAUGACAUCUUCAGAAGAGAAGGCAAUGACUUGCAUACGACUGUCACCAUAACACUGGUUCAAGCGCUUGUUGGUUUUGAGAAGAAAAUUGAGCAUCUUGAUGAGCAUUUGGUGGACAUUAGCUCGAAGGGAAUCACCAAACCCAAAGAAGUAAGAAGGUUCAAGGGGGAGGGAAUGCCUUUGCAUUUCAGCACAAAGAACGGUGAUCUUUAUGUCACGUUUGAGGUUCUUUUCCCCACAUCACUAACUGAAGACCAGAAGAAAAAGAUCAAGGAAGUUCUUGGCUAGGGUGUUGAAAUUAAUAUCUUUCACGUCCUGAAUUCUUCAAAUUGUAACAUGGCAUUAUAUAGAAAAUCUGAAAGCUUGCCAAGGAUUUUGUUUUUUACCCCCUUGUUGCGGAGUAGCAUACAAAUUAGUAAGAUUUUGCCCAUCUAAGCUAAAAUCCCCCUUGCUUCUUAAUGAACUGUCAAUGAUGAAGUGCAAUAGAAGCUAAAAUUAAAGAGGAAUUAAUUGCUCUA